AAUGUUGAAUGAACAGAAAGGCUGGGCCUGGGCCGAUUCGUCCGCACUGCCAAGCCACCUCCGGCGUUCCCUCUCGAUCCCCGGCAACUCAUCCUCCGGCUCCGCCGCCGCCCUUCAGAUGACCACCGACGUCGCCGAGCUUCGGCCUCUGUCUUCCCGCUCUGUCUUCCUUGGCGUCGACGUCGGCACCGGAAGCGCACGCGCCGGUCUGUUCGAUGACAAGGGAAAGCUUCUAGGCUCUGCUAGUAGUCCGAUACAGAUCUGGAAAGAGGGUGACUGUGUCGAGCAAUCUUCAACCGACAUCUGGCAUGCGGUUUGUGCAGCAGUCAAAUCUGCUUCCUCUCUUGCAGAAGUUUCGGGAGAAGAUGUGAAAGGAAUAGGAUUUGCCGCGACAUGCUCGCUUGUAGCGGUGGAUGCUGAUGGAGCCCCUGUCACGGUGUCUUGGAGCGGUGAUUCAAGAAGGAAUGUUAUAGUUUGGAUGGACCACAGAGCUGUGAAGCAAGCAGAGAGAAUCAAUUCAUACAAUUCCCCCGUCUUACAGUACUGUGGUGGGGCUCUUUCUCCGGAAAUGGAGCCACCCAAACUUCUGUGGGUGAAAGAAAAUCUACAGGAAUCUUGGUCAAUGGUGUUUAGGUGGAUGGACUUGAGUGAUUGGCUGUCCUAUAGAGCUACUGGAGAUGAUACCCGUAGUUUGUGCACGACUGUGUGUAAAUGGACAUAUCUUGGUCAUGCUCACAUGCAUCAGGUGAGUGAGAAGGAUUCUCGAGAUAUGGAAGCUUGUGGAUGGGAUGAUGAUUUUUGGGAAGAGAUUGGCUUAGGUGAUCUUGUGGAUGGGCACCAUGCUAAGAUCGGAAGAAGUGUAGCUUUUCCUGGACACGCACUGGGUAACGGUCUGACUGCAGCAGCUGCUCAGGAACUCGGUCUGGUGGCUGGAACUCCAGUUGGGACUUCACUCAUCGAUGCUCAUGCUGGUGGUGUUGGGGUAAUGGAAAGUGUUCCAGUGUCAGAGUCUCAACCAAAAGAGUCCAACCCUGAUGCCUUAUGCUCCCGGAUGGUCUUGGUUUGUGGCACGUCCACUUGCCAUAUGGCUGUUUCUCGUGAAAAGCUGUUUAUUCCUGGGGUUUGGGGACCUUUCUGGUCAGCUAUGGUCCCGGAGUACUGGCUUACAGAAGGUGGACAGAGUGCCACUGGUGCUCUACUUGACCAUAUCAUUGAAAAUCAUGUUGCCUCUCCUCUGCUUGCAAAUCGAGCUGCUUCCCAGAAUAUUUCUGUGUUUGAACUGAUGAACAACAUGCUGAAAUCAAUGGCACAAUAUAGAAAUUCUCCGUUUAUAGCCGCCCUUACUGCAGACUUGCAUGUAUUUCCCGACUUUCACGGGAACAGGUCCCCGAUUGCAGACCCGAAAUCAAAAGGGGUAAUAUUCGGCAUGACACUCGACACAAGCGACAAGCAGUUGGCUCUACUAUACCUUGCCACUGUUCAGGGUAUUGCUUAUGGUACCCGCCAUAUUAUAGAGCACUGCAAUUCUCAUGGUCACAAAAUUGACACCCUGCUUGCAUGCGGAGGCCUUUCAAAGAACCCAUUGUUCAUUCAAGAACACGCUAAUAUCACCGGUUGCCCAAUUAUACUGCCCCGAGAGAGCGAGUCCGUUCUUUUGGGAGCAGCGAUUCUAGGGUCGGUCGCUGGAAAAAAGUAUCCAAGUGUCCAUGAAGCCAUGAAAGCUCUGAACGCAGCCGGUCAAGUGAUCCAUCCAUCAUCAGACCCUAAAGUGAAGAAGUACCAUGACGCCAAGUACCGUAUUUUCCGUGACCUCUACGACCAGCAACUCUCUCACCGUUCCAUCAUGGCCGAAGCUCUCUCGUCAUGAAAACGAAAACUGAAAAACAUUGUGUUUUUUUUUUAUAUAUAUAUACAUAAUUGUUUUCAAGCUUUAAUUGGAUUGAUUUUGAAAAAGGAUCUAUGUCUAGACCCAUGUAAUGUUUUCUUUUAUAAAAUUAUGGUUAGAUACAAAAGAAAUAUAUUAUUUUAA